GCUCGUCAAACCAUGUGUCGACAGGUCUCCUGGACGUUAUGGGCACUUUUGGCUGCCACACUACUGCUACAACCAGACGCAUGUUUAGCGUCUCCCCAGUCCGAGUCUAUAUUGCGGGCAAUGGCGGCAGCGGCGAAGCCCAACAAAGACUACAGCCUAAACAUAGACGACGCCUACGCUUCUCCCGCAACCAUGGAGAAGUACAUGAACUCUUACAGCUUCCCUGGACCAGUGGACUACAUGUCCGCCGCCGCCAUGUCUCCAGACGGCGGGGCUAUCGACUUCUAUCCGACAAUGACAUCUGGUUCCGUCUUCGACAACUUCGCCUUCAGUCCAACGAUCAAGCUCGACGAACUGGCUGCGUACCAGGAGCCAAGAGGUCACAUGUUCAAGGAGUCUAGUCGCGACAAGGGGAAGAAAGUAUGGAGGCUCAAGGGAGUCGCCGAUGACGACGAUGACGCCGUAUUCGACGAGGAAGGAACUAGACCUUCGACCACAAAGAAUGGCGGAAAACAUGAGGAGUGGAGACGACCGGACUCGAAGCGGAACUCGGAAGAAUCCCGCUCCGUCGAAGAGCAGGGGGCGGCGGCGGCACCUGGCCGCAGGAGAAGACCGAACGGAAAUUCCGGGUCGUACUUCAGGGGCGUUCCCGAACAGGACGAAGACAGUUCGGAGGAAGAAGGAGGAGACGACGCGCCGCGAGAAGACGAGAGGGCCGGGACGUCUCCGGCGACGUCUCUUAGCGGCCGCGACGAGAUCGCCUACUCGCGGGGCAACAGCAGGCGUCCUUUCGUUCGCGUAAAGAACAGCGGAGCGCUCACCAGCGAAGAAGUAUCGUCCUCGGAAGAAGGACAAAGGGCUGCUGCGAUGCCUCUGAGAAACUACGACACUGGCCCUAGGGGCAACGGAGACGUGCGCGGGUCUACGACGACGGCAAAUCAGAGGUUCGAGAACGGGCGAAGAAGGAACGUCGGCAAUGGUGGCUACGGAAACAGCGGCGAGCUACCUUCGUUCGUAGCCGAGACUAGCGGCAGUAGGGCCGAAGGAGCCGCCAGGGUUCGAGGCGCCGCGAACGGCAACGACAACGACGACGUCAGGGACGUCAGGUACAACUCGUACAACGGUAACAACAUCGACGACAGCGCCCUGCGGACGGCCAGCGGCGCAAUGCUACGAGAUAACUUGGCGGCGACGCUCACGACGACAACGACGACGUCGACGACAGCAAGGCCAGACAUUGAGAACGGACUGAUAUUGCUAAACGGAAACGGCCGGCUCGCUGCAGCACCGCAACAGCCAGAACGAUCAGCGAAAUCGAGGCGAAGGCCACCUCUGGCCUACACGCCGGGAAGCAUGGAGUACCAGUCGGAGAAUGAUGACGAAGAGAGCAGUUCGAGGGACCAGGAGGAGACGACGACAAACGGCUACAGCACGACAACGACCCCGGAACCGUUCAGUUAUUCGUCCGAGGAAGAGGCCGCGCCACCGCGACAGGAGAGUAGGUUCUCCGCCGAAGAGAGGAUUCAUGCGAUGAAGAGGCCAACGCAGACCGCGGCGGCAAGGAUGCGGAGGCCUGUUACUGGUGAGCUUGGAGCCGCCGCGGCCACGACGCCCUUGACCAACGGUAGAAGCUCUGCGACGGCGAACGCACAGCGUAACGUCAACAACGGCAGGAAGCGUGGUGGCUACGCCGCGCCCGCACAAAUGCCGGCACAAAUGCCCGCACAGCCACCCGCUCUUCCUCCGGCGUCUUCACUCGUGUUCCUGUCCCGGGACCCGACGCCUUCUGCGGACCAGAAAGCCGCUGCCACGGCGACGACAGGCGCCGAUCAGAGGCCAGCGGCCACGACUGGCGCCGGCGGGAGGCCAAGGACGCUGUUCCAUCAGCAGGGAUUCCAAGGACCGUACUCGUACCGCUUCGGCUUCGACACGGCCGACCCUUACAACCCGCAGACUCGCUACGAGGAGAAGGACGCCGACGGCCGCGUCCGAGGAUCCUACAGCUACCUGGACCCUAAGGGUCGCCUGCAAGUGGUACGCUACGAGGCGGACCAACAAGGAGGCUUCAGAGUCAAAGGGAGCUUCGGACAGUUCCCGGGGGACACGAAACCCUAGACUCCUGAUGCCCUCUGCGACGUAUAGAUACCAUGGGCGCGUUGUCGAAGGCGCCGCACUGAUAUAAGGGAGUGUCGUACUCGGAUAGGGAACGUCACGAAACGUUGUGCCAUCAGCUGAUCGAGCUAUGAUGAAGCCUUCUG